AAAGCGAAAGCCGAGGACUCUUGAAUUAGCCACCAAACCUGGGACGUGGCUGUGCUGAAUUCAUCGCAAAAGCAAACAAAAUCUAAAAUUCCCCCAAAUAGAUCUUAAUUUCUCGAACCACCGUCUACUUCACUCACACUUCGAAUCAUGAAACGCCUCAUUUUCCUACUAAUUCUCGCUCUCGUCUUCUGCUCUGCACAAUCAAGAUCCAUUAUCCCGCGCCCUCAACCUCAUCCAUCUCUCCAAAUCACCAACAAAACCCAGAAUGAAGCCAGCUGUUCGUUUACUGUAGUCAUUAGGACCAGUUGCUCGUCUACUCGAUACACGCGUGAUCAUAUCAGUCUUGCCUUCGGCGAUGCUUAUGGAAUUCAGGUUUAUGCUCCACAUCUAGACGACCCUGCUUCAAGAGCGUUUGAGAGUUGCUCAACUGACACGUUUCAAAUCAGUGGACCGUGUACGUACCAGAUAUGCUACUUGUACCUCUAUAGAAGUGGGUACGAUGGAUGGAUCCCGUACGAUGUUACAGUCUACGGGUAUAACUCGAAGCCAGCCACUUUCUACUACAAUGUAAAAGUACCCGCGGAUAUUUGGUAUGGGUUUAACUACUGUUCCGGAGCCAGAGCCAGAGCCACCUCGUCAGCAGCGACCAAGUAAACUUAGCUCUCGGUUGAUGCAUGGUUGUAUACCACUAUCUAGAAUAAGAGGAUGUUGCUUAUGAUCACUUCUUUGCUGUGUAGACCAACUUCUUCUAUCUGAGUACCACCUUUGUUGAUCUAUGUUUAUAUCUUCUUCUUUA